AUGUGUGCCUACGACACCAUCCUCUACAAGUGCGACUUCUGCGGCGAGGUCUACCGCGAAGAGCACAGUAUCCUCCAGCAGUGCGCACGAUUCGCCAAGGAGCAGCAGCCGUCGUCCCGGGAGCCAGAGGAGGUCAGCAGCAACAGCUAUUUCGAGUCCAACUGCCCCAGCAAGAAGCACCACGGCAAGCACACGUCCUUGACGGGUCACUGUGGCUCGCGCAGCUGCAAGGAGCACGUAGGAUGGGAUCUUCAAAGUAACCCACCAGAACCAGAACGACCAACGACGUACCCCGCACCCGUCACUCCGCCGACAUCCAAGACGCGACGUCAGCACAAGAUUUGA